AUGGCCUCGCUCGGGUGCUUGUUCCUCGUGUCCCUCCUCUCGGCCCCUUUCGGGGUCCGCGCCGAGGACGCGAGGAUAGCACCGGCAUCCGAGGUGACUGAGUUGGAGCUAAACUCACUCAUGCACCUCGAGCUUACCGCCCCGGAGACGGAGGCCUUGCGACUCACUUACAGCGUUUACCCUCUCACGGAACCCGCGGGGCUGAACCGGAGUGACAGAAGCUCUAUUUGGUUCCGCGGGAGUUUGGUCCCGGCCGAAGUUUUGGCUGAUGCCCGGCUGAUGAACGAGGAAACAAUAGUGUUCUUCAGUUGCGACGGCGAGGAUGCGACUGUAAUGGUCAACCAAAUCAUGGGUGACCAGCCCCAGGCGAUUUUGCUCUAUAGCGUGGACGGAACCUCGUGCAGCCUCGAGGGCGACGAUCUGGUCUACAACUCCAUUUACACCAUGGGCAACCCGAACGAGGCGCGGGACACCAUGAAUACCACCGUCCGAGCUGGUGGGGUCUUGCGCGCGACGAUUACGGGUGCCGAGAAUAUGACGACUAGACCGGAGCCUGACAACCCGGGGCAACGCGGGAGCAACUCGGCGGUUGCUAUGAGCAUCCUUUACAGCAUAACGGGCCUCAUCACGCUACUCUUCUUGGUUAUCAUCGGGACGGGGGCGAUCCGGGCGCACCGGUACCCCGAGCGAUAUGGCCCACUGUCAGGCGCCGGCGGGCGGCCAUCGCAGAGUAGGGUAAAGGGGCUGGCUCGGGCCGUGCUGGAGACACUGCCGAUUGUGAAAUUUGGUGACCCUGGCCCGUCGAAGUCUCUCGAGCUCGAGUCUCAGCAUUCAGCAACCGCACCGGAUCCGACCAUGGGAACAAGGUUAUCGGCGAUUCCGGAAGAGCCGCAGUCGCCGCAGGCCCGGCGGAGCGUCGCGCCAAUGUCGGGCGCAAUGCCUAAACCCGAGGUAGUGCCUGCACCAACAAGCAACGAAACCGAUCAAAAAGACGGGAACAAACCCGCUGAGAGCCCGGAGGAGGGACAUCUCGGCUGUUCCAUCUGCACAGAAGACUUCACUCUAGGCGAGGACGUCCGGGUCCUGCCAUGCAACCACAAGUUCCACCCACCCUGCAUCGACCCCUGGCUGGUCAACAUCUCCGGAACCUGCCCACUAUGCCGCCUCGACCUACACCCGCAAAGCCGCCGAGCCCGCAACUCCAGCCACAGCAGCUCCUCCCCGCCCAGCUCGCCCACCACAGCAACCGCAAACCAGAAUGAGCACGACAACACCAACACCACCAACACCACCACCACCGCCAACACCAACACCACCACCACCAUCACCACCACCACCACGCCGCAGCAACGCAGGCGCUCCUUCCGCUUCCUCGACCUGCACCGCCUGCGGCACGCGUCGUCGAUCGAAGAGCGCAUCGAGAUCCUGCGGCGGCACCGCUCGCACCAGCAGCAGCAGCAGCAGCAGCAGCAGCAGCACCAGCAGCACCAGCAGCACCAGCAGCAACGCGAACCGAACACGGCCCCGGCCGACGGAACGGACCCGGCCGGCGUCGCGCCCCCCCGCGCGCCCAGUUGGCGUGUCUCGUUUAGUAGGGUGGGGGCUCCGAGGGAUACGGGCGCGGCGGGGGAGGGUGGUGGUGGUGCGGGGGAGGGGACGACGGCAGAGGGGACGGGAGAGGGGACGGGAGAGAGGGCGGGAGAGAGGGCAGGAGAGGGAACGGCACCGGACACGGCGGCCGGUGAGAGAAGGGGUUCUUGA